AUGGGUGACGGCGGGGCGGCGGAGGAGAGCGGGCAGUUUUUAAAAAGGUCAGAGGUGGAGAUUCUUCAAGGAGAUAGAGCAGGUCCUCGCACACAGAACAAGCUCGCCCUCCUUUCCUUCGCCCUCCUCUCCUCCAUCCCACACCCCAUCACAUCAUACCCUUAUCCUCCCACCGCCCUCCUGCCCACAGUGGGUGGAUCUGAGCUGGAGUCCACCCUCCUGCACCUCCAGGCUGCUCUGGAAGAGCCGGGGGACAUCCGGAGUGAAGCCUGGGCCGAGUGGCCUCGAGACAUCCAGCCAGGUGAGGAGAGUGAGGAGGAUGAUGGGUCGUGGGAAGAAGAAGCUCUGCUGCGGGCCCAGAGAGGAGACCUGAUGGCCCAGCCGUUGUCGCCCUUCCCCGAGGGUCACUCUCUGGAGAGCAUGCACUACCAGGAGGGGGGAGAGGGGGAGGACGGGUGGAAGAGGAACGAUGCUCUGACCUCCAUCGCGGGAGGACUCCAAGCUGUCAGCCGUGAGAAGGGAGGGUUUGGUUUCCGCUUUGGGAGGAAAAGAUGGACAGACGGGGAGUGGAUGGAAGGAGGAGAUGGAGAACAGAGGAGGACAAGUGGAACUGACGAGGACGGAGUUUCAACAGGGACGAGAGACGAGAGCGAUGAAAGAAAGAAAGGCUGA